CAGAUGACAGCAACCAGCCCCCGGGCCGGGGCGUGCUCUCCAUGCAUGGGCUGACCUACGGUGUCAUCCGCGUGGACUCGGAGGAGAAGCUCUCAGUGCUGACGGUACAGGACGUCGGCCUCGUGAUGCCUGGAGCCAUCAUGUGUUCCGUGAAGCCAGAUGGGAUCCCCCAGCUGUGCAGAACAGACGAAAUCGGGGAGCUGUGUGUGUGCGCAGUUGCGACGGGCACAUCAUAUUAUGGCCUCUCGGGCAUGACCAAGAACACCUUUGAGGUGUUUCCCAUGACCAGCUCAGGGGCUCCGAUCAGCGAGUACCCGUUCAUCAGGACAGGCUUGCUGGGGUUCGUUGGUCCUGGGGGGCUCGUCUUCGUGGUGGGCAAGAUGGACGGCCUCAUGGUGGUCAGCGGGCGCAGGCAUAAUGCUGACGACAUCGUGGCCACGGCCCUGGCUGUGGAACCCAUGAAAUUCGUCUACAGAGGAAGGUCAGUCACACUCGUCUGCAAAUUAAGUGCAUGUUCUUCCAUUAUAAAGGACUUAAAAUGGACAUACAUUCUUUACAUUUAUUGUGACUCAGUUUCCUCUUCUGUACAAUUGAAGCAUCUGGACUCGAAACCUGUGCUCAUGAGACUUACUCAGAGCAAGAUCUUUCAGAGGGUUCUUCCAGAGCAAGCUCUCUGCAAGGUGGGGAGUCACGUCUCAGGGCAUUGCAGUCUGAACUCCUCACGUGUGUGCCUCUGCUUCCUUCCAGAAAUAGGCCCCGCCUCUGUGAUGGUGGGGAACCUGGUGUCUGGAAAGAGGAUUGCCCAGGCCAGUGGCAGAGACCUGGGUCAGAUAGAAGACAAUGACCAGGCGCGGAAGUUCCUGUUCCUCUCGGAGGUCUUGCAGUGGAGAGCACAGACCACCCCUGACCACGUCCUCUACACGCUGCUUAACUGUCGGGGUACAAUAGCAAACUCGCUGACCUGCGUGCAGCUUCAUAAGAGAGCUGAGAAGAUAGCUGUGAUGCUGAUGGAGAGGGGGCACCUGCAGGACGGAGACCACGUCGCACUCGUCUACCCACCAGGAAUAGACCUCAUUGCAGCAUUUUAUGGUUGCCUGUAUGCAGGCUGUGUGCCAAUAACUGUCCGUCCUCCCCAUCCACAAAACAUCGCAACGACACUGCCUACCGUCAAGAUGAUUGUGGAGGUGAGCCGGUCUGCCUGUCUGAUGACAACGCAGCUGAUCUGUAAGUUGUUACGGUCAAGGGAGGCGGCGGCAGCGGUAGAUGUCAGGACAUGGCCCCUCAUACUGGACACAGAUGAUUUGCCAAAGAAGCGGCCUGCCCAGAUCUACAAACCUUCUAACCCAGACACGCUCGCUUAUCUUGAUUUCAGUGUGUCCACAACUGGGAUGCUCGCUGGCGUAAAGAUGUCUCAUGCAGCCACCAGUGCCUUUUGCCGUUCCAUUAAGCUGCAGUGUGAGCUUUACCCCUCUAGAGAAGUGGCCAUCUGUUUGGACCCUUACUGUGGACUUGGAUUUGUCCUCUGGUGCCUCUGCAGUGUGUAUUCUGGGCACCAAUCCGUUCUGAUCCCACCGUCUGAGCUGGAAACCAACCCUGCCUUGUGGCUUCUUGCUGUGAGUCAGUAUAAAGUCCGGGACACCUUUUGCUCCUACUCAGUGAUGGAGCUUUGCACCAAGGGGCUGGGCUCACAAACGGAAUCCCUCAAGGCACGAGGACUGGACCUGUCCCGGGUGAGGACCUGUGUGGUU